AUGGGCAAGCUGAGCAAGUUCUCACGCAAGCGGCCAGUCUCUACAAUCGAAGGCGAAGGGAACAGGUCGACGGAUUCCCUAGGGAAGUUUGGUAACUACCUCUCGAAGAUCCAGCAGCGACCGCAGAGCGUCUUCGUAAAGGGCGCGGUCAAAAAUGAUGCUGAUAGUACCUCGUCUUCGGUAGCGAGCCUGGCCCCUCCCUCCUCCAAGACGCGCCGAUCGACCGCCCCGUCCGACCAUAGCCACAACACGGCGUCUGACGAUUUCCCCUCGCCCCAAUCACGAGAUCCCUUAUGGUCUGCCUUCAAGUCCCUGGAGGCCGAGUACCAGAAAUUUCAAUCCAGGACGGGGCCCAUGCGGAUGGGCUUAAUCAGGAGCGUGCUCAUACCUUUUAUGAGAAACUACGCCUCCCACCCAUCAAACAAACAAGUGCAUCAUGAGGAUCUGGAGCGGAGGGCCACGAUUAUGAACAAGUGGUGGGGUGGGCUGCUGGAAAUGCUGGAUGGAAAAUCCUCACAAACAGUUGCCGGCGUCGACAGGCCAAUUUUGCUCGAGGCGAUCACCAUCGUCAUGAUGCGCCCGGAAUGGCGCCAGAGCACUACACUAUUUAGUCCCCUGUCCGACAGAAACCCCAGGGUGCUGCUGAAGAAGAAAAGCCGAACGGGCACUGGGGGCUCCUUGUCAGAUGAGUCCCUGAGCUCGACAGAUUCCGACUAUAUCGCGGAAUCGGCUGAACAUAACGUGAGGACAAUGUUCAUAUCCAAUCUAAUGACGCAGAUGACCAUCGUAGUGGAGAAGUUAUCGCAACGACACGCGCCACUGAGUCUCGUCAACUUCGCGGGGAAGGCUUGUGCAUAUGCCUUUUUCUUUGCCCCCGGGAUUGCUGAUGUCCUUGUUCGGCUGUGGUCUCUCACAACGGACGUGAUGCGUCGCGUGGCAGAUGAGUUCGGCCUACCCCGGCGAAGCAAGGGGGAAAGUAACGACAUUGUAUCUCUGUUUCCACCCAACGUGGAUGGCUUGGGUUGGACCUCGGUCAAAAGCAUGUCUGAUAACUUACGCCAGGCUGCGACACUGCCUUGGGCUGCUGCCAAAAUUGCGUGGCAUGGUCCAUGGGUGUCGAGGUGGCGAGGUCGCGAUACGGAUCUAUUCUUCAUCUUCUGCAAGUACUACUACAUACUUGCUGAAGAGUUCAUGCCGCCAGGGUUGCCCCUCGUGGAAAAGAGUCGUGCGCCAGCCUUCUUGCUCGUCAACGCUCAAAUUCUAUCCAUUCUCGACUCGACGGUACAUCGUCAAGCGGCCGUUGAGGCUAUGCUUGGGCCGCCAGCAACUGACGUCCUUCAUGGAGCAGAUGCAUCAGCCAUGACGUUGCCGAUUGCACCGAACAACAAUGCCAUGAAAGGUAUGAACGAGAACCGACUGAUUGUGCUCCUCAAGGAUUUCUUAUCAGCGGCCUCGUUCUCCAUCGCAAAUGCGCGACAUACCUUUGCCGAGGCUUUCAUGGCGCUGAUGAAAGCAUCUGCCAAAAAGACAUCCCAAUUCGAUCACAAUGCCUGUUUCACAUUAUGCGAUUUUCUCGAAGAAUCGCUAGUGGCCUACGAGGGCUUCGUUGAUGUUCACCGGCCUACCCUCGAUUACGUUGACUGGCCAUUCUGGUUCGAGGUGUGCAAGAAGAUACUGGAUUCGAACAACACAAUGUCUGAGAUUCGAGUUCUUUCGCUCAUUUUCUCUAUUUGGAACGCUAUUGCGAGUGACCAGAGACGAAAAGAGGCCAUCUGCACCGAAUGGCUCCUUACCGAGGUAAACUUUGACAAGUUCUUCAACAAUUGGUGUCCAAUGGUUAGGGCAUACUACAUGCGCCUCCUGUGCUGGAGGAUUUGCCGUGAUACCGGGAGUGCGAAUGACUCGGAUAUGAGCAUAUAUAUGCUUGUUUCGACGCGGCUGAAGAUGGUCUGGUCACACUACCUCUGGCUCAAGGACUUGGCUGAGAGGGAGGGCAAGUGUCUUCCCUCAACCGCACCGUCCUAUCCGACUCCUGGGAAGCGAUUUAUGAUCAUUCGUACCGAGGAACCGGGAGUCCAACCUGGGCUUGCUUUGGGCUUUGACUCGUUUUCGACCCAGCUGCCUCUGCCGAAUACUUCUUCGCCGAUGACUGGAGCAUCUGAUUCCCCGGACUCUUUUAACUCGGAUCCGUCCACGCAUAAGAAGAAAUGGAAUCUUAUCGGGAAAGUUCUUUCAUUCUCCGGUAAUUCCAACAACCCCAAUGACUUCGACACCUUGAGACGUGAGACGGCUGCAGCGCGAAAGACAGCACCGCCAUCAAAGCAGUCUGGGGGCUCAGUCACUCCACCUACGUCCGACACGGAUAGUAUGGGCUCAUCACCAACCUACGACGCCCUGCAAUAUAUUUUCAGGUUUACACUUUCUUGGAAUUCACCAAACUCAUUGUCACCACCACACCGCAUCUUGACCAGACCUCGUCUGCCAGCCCCAGCACAAAUCUGGAUCAGCAACCGUGGCAGAAGUGGGAGCACGCCUGCGCCAGCAGCUGGGCGGCCCGCUCCCACUCGUGCUGUCUCUGGUAGUGCGAAUACUGGGCUUAUAGAAGCUGCCAAGAACGCAAACCCUGGGGAAGCUUCGCCAGUUCUUGAUCAGAUCUCAACGACGUUUGAAGGAGACAGCUUUGAUUCCGAGAGUCCCACGGGCACCGGUGGCGGCAACUAUGAUACCCAAAGGUUCUUUGGUGUUACGCCCACAUCAGAGCCUGUCGUCGUACCGGUAAAGCCGACUGGUACAUUUGCGACCGGAGCGAAGUAUGCUGGUCGAGCCUUGGCCGAGUGGGGUCUUGUUGUCUGCGAAUGCAAUAGUUUCGUGGAUAGAAGACGAGACGAAGGCGUACCCGGCUUGAGUGAAGUCGAGGUGCCUAUCCUUGGAGUUGAGGGUUUCAGGAAGAUGGGCUAG